AUGAAGACCUCCACCAGUUUGCAAGUGCGUCUGCCGGCGCUGGUGUUCGUCCUGCAGGUCGUCAUUCUGGUCCUCUACGCCCUGUUUGUGACCUAUGAUGGCAACGCUAACGCUAAACUGCAGAACAACGGGACCAACCCGAUGGAGAACUCUGUGUAUCGAGACUACCCAUACUUUGCUGACGUCCAGGUGAUGAUCUUCGUGGGGUUCGGCUGUCUGCUGGCGUUCUUCAGAUACUACGGCUUCAGCGGCAUGGUCUUCAACUUCCUCACGGCGACCUUCUCCAUCCAGUGGGCGAUCCUCAUUCAAGGCUUCUUCCAGUUCUACUAUGACGGCAAAAUCCACCUGGGGGUGCUGAACCUGCUGUACGCUGAGUUUGCCUGCGCAGUGGUGCUCAUCUCUUUCGGCGCCGUGAUCGGACGAACCAGCCCAGUGCAGCUGCUGGUCAUGGCACUGCUGGAGAUCCCGUUUUACUCUGUGACAGAGUGGGCCGUUCUGAAAUACAUCCGAAUCAACGACGCAGGUGGCAGCAUUCUGAUUCACCUGUACGCCGCCUACUUCGGUUUGGGGGUGGCGUUUGUCCUGUACCGCCCGUCCCUCAAGAAAGGACACAGAAAAGAGCUGACCAGUUACAACUCUGACAUGCUGUGUGUGCUGGGGACGCUCUUCCUCUGGGUGUUCUGGCCAUCCUUCAACUCUGCGCUCACCCUGAAGGGUGACGAUCAGCACAGGGCGAUCCUGCACACCUUCAUCGGCCUGAGCUCGUCCACCAUCACUGCGUUUGCUCUGUCUGCUGUGUUCAAUAAGAAAGGCCGGCUCACCAUGGCGGACAUUCAGAACGUGACGCUGGCGGGUGGCGUGACUGUUGGAGCCUCAGUGGACAUGAUGAUUUCCCCUGUGGCGGCCUACGCUUUGGGCAUCAUGGGCUGCACUGCAUGUUUCUUUGGCUACAGGUACCUGUCUCCAUUUCUGGCGCGGCACAUGAGGAUCCAGGACCAGUGCGGCAUCCACAACCUGCAUGGCCUCACUGGACUCAUCUCCUCCACUGCGGGCAUUUGUGCGAUUCUGCUGGCGACGGAGGAGACGUACGGUCCAAGCAUGUAUGAAAUCUUCUCACACCGAGCUCCACCUAUUGAUGAUCCCAAGUUCCUGGAGCUGAAGGCGCUGAUCCCGAGUUUGAAGCCAGGUUUAGGCCGUACAGCUGAGCAGCAGGCCCUGUACCAGGUGGCAGCCAUCUUCUCCACCAUUGCAGCUUCUUCUAUCGCAGGCCUCUUGACGGGUUUGGUCCUCAAACUCCCGUUCUUGGCUUCUCCUCCUGACGAUGGCUGCUUCGAUGAUGAUGUUUUCUUUGACACACCAUCUGACUUUGACAGUUUAGAAGUUCACACUAAGACUUCCGAUGACAAGUGA